UGAGCUCCGUAGUGAGAGCCUGGUGGGACUUAAGUGAGAUCCGUGAUGGCGUGAGGGCCGCCUUGAGCUUUGAAAAUUCACCCGUCACUCCCAGAACACUGGCCCUGAGACUGGCACUAGUGUGGGUGUCAGUGCUCAAGGAACCCUCAGUCCCUGUCCUCGCUGUCCCUCUAGGUUCCAGGCUGCAGUUUGGCUGGACCUUGAUUCUCUGAUGACUGUAGCUACCAUUGAUUUUGAUUCUGUUUUCCUGCUUGUGAGGAGAGGGUGACAACUUUUAACUCACUGCCUAUCAGACAAAAGACUGGAACAUUCUGAUCAGCCUUAACUUUGCACUUCACUUUCUUCUGAAGUCCAGAGCCAGGAACCAGACCAGGCCGUGCUCAGGGCAGACACAGUGAGGAUGGUGUCGAGGGGCCGCACUUCUCAAGGCCUCCAUCCCAGCUGCUGUGGGCAGCCUGCGCACAGACCCGGGGAUUGCUUCCUGGGGGCCGUGGCUAAGAAGGCCAGAUCCACACAUCUGUUAUGGAAUUAGCUGUCGGUCAUCUGUUGUGUGCCAAGUGCGUGAGAAACAUGACCAGGAGUAAAGCAGAGAGAAACGUGGGCUCGUAGUCCCUCUCACACACAGGAGAAAACACAGUCAGCGGCUGAACCUUGCUGCAGGUCCGGCAGAGACACACAAGAUAGAAACAUGGACGUGGGCCGGGGAGAAAGUCUGAGGCUGCAGGAAGGGAGGAGACCAGCACUCACAGGGGCUAGGGGAGGUGGUGUGAGAAGACACCCUCUGGGGGCCUGAGGUCAAGGGAAGAGUUGGGUGACCACCUGGAGAAGCGUUAGGAGGGGCAACCAUGCAGCACUGUCUGCCUGACUUGUUCUUUGUUGUUUGUUUGUUGAGGCAGGGUCUCGCUGUGUAGCCCAGACUGGCCUCAGACUCACAGCAAUCCUCCUGUCUCAGCCUCCUGAGCGCUGGGAUCACAGGCAUGCACCACCAUGCAUUCUUGAUAAUAAGGUACAUUUGGAGGGUGUAUCAGUCAUUGCUCACUAGAGAAACAGGUUUAAUGCAAGAUAUACAAAUACAUAAGGAUUUACAAAAUUGGUUCAUAAUGGCUGCCUGCAGAGGCUGGUGUGGAAGCAUACAAAAGGGCCCUCAGUACAAUGAGAGCCGAAGAGUCCAGGCGGACACCUGGCACUCACUGUGGUGUCCCGGGCAAGUUCAUGUCAGGAGGCCCAAGGGUCUGCACCAGAAGCCAGGAGACGCCAUCCAAGGCAAAGGCCAGAGCUCUCUGAGGAAACAGAAGCUCGCCUUCCUCCCUGUCUCCCUAUACUCCAUGCAAGCGACAAGCCCACCACUGCUGUCACUCACACACGAGGCGGGGCUUCCAUCUUCAGGGCUGCCCUGGGCCUCACCCAGAGCCAUGUGGCCCAGCCAGCUGGUGUUGCUUAUUUCUGGAGACACAACGGUUGCUUGUCCCAGAGGGGGCUGGCCCAGCUCCGUGCUGGCCUGAGCACCAGGCUGAUGGGUUGGCAAGAGACUGAGGUGGGGCGGGGCCUGCGGGACACAGAAAUGAGAGCCAGGAACUGGGGGUCUCAAUCCAGUCUGCUGUGACCAGUUAGUCUGGCGGCUGAGGGAGGAGGUAAGAAGGACAUCACAGGUGUGGCCAAGAGGAUUUGCUCAUGGAGUGCGAGGGCACAAGGUGUGGGUGUGAAUAAUUAGGGACCUCGGCUGUCUGGUCCACAGGACUUUACAGAACCUGCUUUCUCCCCUGAAUGUUCUUGCAGCCAUCAGCUCCUGCUUGUGCGCAAGCUACACUUCGUUUCCUGGGGCUGCAGCCAGGACACCCAGCCCGGACAGCCAGCCCACAGAGACCCCUGCAGAGGCUCAGCACCACACCCCUCUCUGCUGGGCAGUGUCUGUCUCCCUGCCAGACUGUCAACCAGAUGGCCGCGGACGAGGCCUCGCAGGACACCGUGCGGCUGCAGUUCAGGGCAAUGCAGGAGCUGCAACACCGCAGGCUGCAGCAGCAGCUAAAGGCAAAGAGGGAGAGGAGCCUGAGCCUCCAGAGCCAUGCAGAGGAGCAGGAAGCGCCCCCGGGGGUCACCACCAGCCUUGGCCUCUUCCUCUCAGAGGAGCAGGACCUGCAGGGUGCUUUCCAGCAGAGGGUGCUGGAGGACGAGAUCCAGCAGCUGCGGCAGGAGCUCAGGGAGACUGCAGACGAGAACGGGCGGGUGUACAAACUGCUGAAGGAGAGGGACUUUGAAAUCAAGCACCUCAGAAAGAAAAUAGAAGAGGACAGGCUCGCCUUCACAGGGACAGCUGGCCUCGCGGGAGACAUGGUUGCCGCCAGAGUCGUGGAGUUGUCCAAGAGGAACCGAGUGCUGGCAGCGGAGUCAGAGGGUGCCCGAGCCAGGGUGAAGCAGCUGAGCAGUCGUGUCCAGGAGCUGGAGCGGGAGCUGCAGACGGCCCUGGCCAGGCUACCAGCCAAGGGGGCCACAGACACAGGAGACAAGCCACCGAAGGCCCCAAUGGGAGACAGCACCUUGCUGGAGACCCCUGAGGUGAAGGCCCUGCAGGACCGCCUGGCGGCCACAAACCUAAAGAUGAGCGACCUCCGCAACCAGGUCCAGGCUGUGAAGCAGGAGCUCCGAGUGGCCCAGAAGGUUUUGGCCAGUGAGGUUGGGGAGGAUGUGAACGUGCAGCAGCUCCUGUCCUCGCCGGGGACCUGGAGGGGCCGCGCUCAGCAGAUCCUGGUCCUGCAGAGCAAGGUCCGGGAGCUUGAGAAGCAGUUGGGACAGUCCCGGAGCAGGUCUGCAGGGAUAGCCGGUGACGAGCUGUCUGUCCACCCAGACCCCAGGAAGCUGUCGCCACAGGAGAGGAACCUGCAGAGGAUCCGCAGCCUGGAGAGGGAACGACAGGAAGGCUGGGAGAAGCUUACAGGCGAGCGAGAUGCCCUGCAGGGUGAGCUGGAGGAGCUGAAGAGGAAGUUUGAGGGCGUACGCUCCCGCAACAAGGUCCUGUCCAGCGAGGUGAAGACCCUUCGGGGCCAGAUGGGGACCCUGGUGGAGAAGGGCAGGCACGAUGAUGAGCUCAUCGAUGCCCUCAUGGAGCAGCUGAAGCAGCUACAGGAGACCCUGAGCAACCUGAGCCUGCAGGAGGAAAAGACACGUGUGUCCCAGCGCCACCAGGACCAGAAGGCCCAGAGUGAGGCCCAGCGGAGCAGCAGCCUGGUGGCCCAGCUGCAGGCCAUGGUGGCCGAGCGGGAGGCCAAGGUGCAGCAGCUGGAACUGGAGAUCAGGCAGCUGGGCAUGCAGUACCUCCGGGACAAAGGAGCCGGCGAGGGGCCCUGUGGGCCUGAGGUCAGCCCCAUUCACCCCGGACACCCAGGGGACCAGGGCCUGGCCAGGUCUCCGGGCUCUGCAGGUGGCCACAGCAGCCAGCUGAGAUCCUCUCGCGCCGUGAGCAGCCUGGGCCACACGCUGGUGGAGUCAGUACCUACGAGGCCUUCCCUGUCCGCCCACCAUGGGACCACACCCAGGUUCCCAGACACCACAGAGCAGAAAGGCUGGCAGGCUCAGGUAGCAGAGACCAAGGCUCUGUGGCAGGCCGCUGAGGUGGAGCGGGACCGGCUUGCUGAGUUCGUUACUGUGCUGCAGAAAAGGGUGGAGGACAGCAGCACCAGGCUCCUGGAGGCCGAGAGGGAGCUGCGGGCAGCGAGGCAGCGCUCGGUGGUGCUGGAGCAGCAGCUGGAGAAAGCACAGCUGGAGCCUGGCCGGGCCGUGGCCAGGGGCAGAGCAGGUCCGCCUGCCCCCAGCACCAGGAACAACCCAACAGGGAAUGAGAAGAAGACCCCAUCCUCUUCGAAGCUACCUAUGGAGUCCCGUGUGGAGGAGCUGACUGCAAGGCUGGCCGUGCAGGUGGAGGAAAAUGAGCUGCUGCGAGCUGCUCUGGGCAGCGCCCUGCGGGGCAAGGAGGAGGACUUCCGCGUGUACCAUGAGACCCUGGCCCAGGUGAAGGGGGUCUUCCUGCAGGCCCUGCGGCAGCAGCAGGCUGACAGCCACUAGGAAGGUGGCCCAGCGUGUGCGGGCUCCUAGCAGAUGGCCGGAGGCCCUCAGAGCGACCAAGUCCAGCCUAGCCUGGUGGGCAUAGAGGAGCCUGUGGGGACCUUGGGCACCAUCAACCACAACUGGAGAACAGCAAGUCAGCUGCAAAGGGACAGAUGUGGUCCCCCGAGCUGGGGCUCAUGACCCCCCUGACCUGGGGCACUGGUUCCCCAUGCUCUGUGGCCAAGACUUGGAAUAAUAAUCACCACCUCCGUAACCCA